AUGGACUUAGGCUUGUAUGAGCAUUAUGCUAUUUUAGGGAAUGAGGAAUUAACUGGUUACUGGACCCGCAGACAUUUCCGCAGCAAUCUUAUUGAUUGUACUAAUUCUGCAUUUGAAGCCCUAUGCGGAAAUGGGGCCAUAGUAGACGAUAUAACGACAGAUAAAUCUGUAGUUAGGGAUAGAGACAACAUUCAGAUAGGCGAGGACAGAGACGGUAAACAGAUAGGUGAAGAUAGAGACAACAUUCAGAUAGGCGAGGACACAGACGGUAAACCGAUAGGUGAGGAUAGAGACGGUAAACAGAUAGGCGAGGAUAGAGACGGUAAACAGAUAGGCGAGGAUAGAGACGGUAAACAGAUAGGUGAGGAUAGAGACGAUAAACAUAUAGGCGAAAACACAGACGGUAAACAGAUAGGCGAGGAUAGAGACGGUAAACAGAUAGGUGAGGAUAGAAAUGGUAAACAGAUAGGUGAGGAUAGAGACGGAAAACAGAUAGGUGAGGAUACAGACGGUAAACAGAUAGGCGAGAACACAGACGUUAAACAGAUAGACGAGGAUAGAGACGGUAAACAGAUAAGUGAGGAUAGAGACGGUAAACAGAUAGGUGAGGAUAGAGACGGUAAACAGAUAGGUGAGGAUAGAGACGGAAAACAGAUAGGUGAGGAUAGAAAUGGUAAACAGAUAGGUGAGGAUAGAGACGAAAAACAGAUAGGUGAGGAUAGAGACGGUAAACAGAUAGACGAGGAUACAGACGGUAAACAGAUAGGUGAGGAUAGAGGUGGUAAACAGAUAGGCGAGGAUAGAGACGGUAAACAGAUAGGUCAGGAUAAAGACGGUAAACAGAUAGGUGAGGAUAGAGACGGUAAACAGAUAGGUGAGGAUAGAGACGAUAAACAUAUAGGCGAAAACACAGACGGUAAACAGAUAGGCGAGGAUAGAGACGGUAAACAGAUAGGUGAGGAUAGAAAUGGUAAACAGAUAGGUGAGGAUAGAGACGGAAAACAGAUAGGUGAGGAUACAGACGGUAAACAGAUAGGCGAGAACACAGACGUUAAACAGAUAGACGAGGAUAGAGACGGUAAACAGAUAAGUGAGGAUAGAGACGGUAAACAGAUAGGUGAGGAUAGAGACGGUAAACAGAUAGGUGAGGAUAGAGACGGAAAACAGAUAGGUGAGGAUAGAAAUGGUAAACAGAUAGGUGAGGAUAGAGACGAAAAACAGAUAGGUGAGGAUAGAGACGGUAAACAGAUAGACGAGGAUACAGACGGUAAACAGAUAGGUGAGGAUAGAGACGGUAAACAGAUAGGUGAGGAUAGAGACGGUAAACAGAUAGGCGAGAAUAGAGACGGUAAACAGAUAGGUGAGGAUAGAGAUGGUAAACAGAUAGGCGAGGAUAGAGACGGUAAACAGAUAGGUCAGGAUAAAGACGGUGAGGAUAGAGACGGUAAACAGAUAGGCGAGAAUAGAGACGGUAAAAAGAUAGGUGAGGAUAGAGGUGGUAAACAGAUAGGCGAGGAUAGAGACGGUAAACAGAUAGGUCAGGAUAAAGACGGUAAACAGAUAGGUGAGGAUAGAGACGGUAAACAGAUAGGUGAGGAUAGAGACGGUAAACAGAUAGAUGAGGAUAGAGACGGUAAACAGAUAGGUGAGGAUAGAGACGGUAAACAGAUAGGUGAUGAUAGAGACGGUAAACAGAUAGGUGAGGAAAGAGACGGGAAACAGAUAGGCGAGAACACAGACGUUAAACAGUUAGGUCAGAAUAGAGACGGUAAACAGAUAGGUGAGGAUAGAGACAACAUUCAGAUAGGCAAGGACACAGAAAGUAAACAAAUAGGUUAG